AGGGUCGUGAGGGUGAUUCUUCAUGGAGCCUCUUGCGGCGCAGUUGUGGCAGCAUGGUGGACUGCUACCUCCAGGCUCGGUGAAAUGCCGCUAGGCCGGCCAUGUAACAUACAUACAAAAGCGCCUAGGAGCCGGUAGGACAGGACAUGUCUGAACUUUGAAGGCAAGCCGUAGUGAUCAAGCUAGAAGUCGGGAGGCGCAGAAUCUAAUUGCUUUGUCGCGAGCUACAACCUGCUCCAACGCCAUGUCCUCGUCCAAGACGCAGAACUGCCUGGUCCCAUAUGUCGACCUGGAAACCGCCCCGGCCGAGGUGGCAGCGGCCAUCACCCAUCUGCCGUACCGGCGCAACAUCUUCUACCUGCUGGGCCACUCGCACGGGUCCUUCCCGCGGCUGAUGGGCGUCUACGCCAACUUCUUCGACGGCAACCGGCGCAUCCUGCCGCUGCUCGACUGGCAGCUCGUCGUGCUGCGCAUAUCGGCCGUUCUCGACGCCGAGUACGAGUGGGACGUCAACGCGCCCGUGGCCCGCAUCAACGGCAUGGCCGAGGAGAAGUUCGCGGCCCUCAAGCGCACCGCUCGCGGGGGAGCCGAGGCGCUGGCCAGGGAGACCAUCUUCACCGAGCGCGACCGCGCCAUCCUGCAGCUCGUCGACGAGCAGCUCGCCACGUACAACAACACUGAGGAGACGGUGCAGCAGGCCAAGAAGCUGCUGACGGUCGAGGAGCUGGUCGAGGUGUAUAUUGUGCUGGGCGUCUACGUGCUCAUCGCGCGCAUCACCAAGGGCUUGCGUAUCGACAUGGAUGGCGAGAUUCCGGGAUUGGAGGAGCACCUGAAGAAGGUCGUGACGGGGAAGUGAGCGUUCGCGUCAAGGUAGAAGCAUGUACUUCUGCAAAUCUCUUUUUGUGACAAGACUUUGUGUUUGUAUGCUUUGGUGUCGCUCAGAAAGAAGCGCAUUACCAAGACACAAUUGAGAUUGCCUAUCGCAAACGCAAUGGUGUUGAUCCAUUGAUGUUGUGAAGAG